AUGGCACCGAAAGCUCUAAGUGGAGCAGCCAAAAGAAAAAAGAAACAUCAACAACAGUUUGUGGAAUGUGAUGUAGAAUUUAAAAGUGCUGGACAAAUAUCUGAAAAUGAUCUGAAAAGUAUUUCAGAUUCAAAACAAGAUGGACACGACAUAAAUAAUACAACUGAGAAUGAGAAUAAUAACUCUCCUGAUGUUAGCACUUCUACAGAUUUGAAUAGUAUGCUGAAUCUCCAAGAUGAUUUUCCUACAGACAUAGCCAAAUUUCCAUGGACUAUUACUGAUUCAAAUUUAAUAAGAAGUUUGCUAUUAUAUGGACCCUGUAAGCCAGAUACUAACUUUCCAGUAAACACUAAUGGUAAACGUUUUUCAUCUAGUUAUUAUUUUUUAACAACUAAAUCUGGUACAAAAAUUCCAAGAACUUGGCUAUGUUAUUCUUAUAACUUAGACUGCGUGUAUUGCGAAUCAUGUUGGCUGUUUGCUGAUAGAUCUUAUAGCAAAUUUAAGUGGGAUUGGAUAUAUGGUAUCAAUGAUUGGAAUCACUUGUCACAAAGUAUUCAAAGACAUGAAUCAUCUAUUCAACAUUUGGAUGCUGCCAAAGUUCGGUCCAUUUGGAUUAAAAAUGAAACCAUUGACGCUAGUUUAGAAAAACAAUAUACUGACGAAGCAAUGAAAUGGAGGAAAGUAUUGAAAAGGUUGAUAAAAAUUAUACUUUCCAUAACAGCAGGAAAUUGUGCUUUAAGAGGAAAUGAAGGAAGCCUUAAAAUUAAGAAUGCCACCGAAGGAAACUUUUUAAGAACAGUUCGAUUACUCGCAGAGUUUGAUCCUAUUCUAAAUAGUAUUUUACAUGACGAAAAUCAAAAAAUUAAGUAUCUAAGUUGGUCUGUUCAGAAUGAGUUGUUAGACAUUUUAUCUACAGAGUUACGUCAUUUAAUUUGUAAUAAUAUACGAUCUAGUAGUUUCUUUUCUGUUAUAUUAGACUCUACUCAAGACAUAACCAAACAAGACCAAGUUAGUCUUGUAAUUCGUUAUACCACAUUAGAUUUUGAAAAGAAACAAAUACAAAUUAAAGAGUCAUUUCUUGGUUUUUAUUUACUAUCCCAUCAUGGUGCAGCAAAUUAUGUGGAACUUUUACAAAAUACUUUAAUGAAAUUGGAUUUAAAUAUUAUGAAAUGUCGGGGUCAAGGGUACGAUGGGGCAGCAGUGAUGAGUGGUUCAAUAACAGGUGUUCAAAAACGAAUUUGUGAUAUUGUGCCCAACGCUACGUUUGUUCAUUGCUGUUCCCAUAAUAUAAAUUUAGUUUUAUGUGAUGCUGCUAAAAGUUCAAGGAAAAUACAAUCAUUUUUUGAUAGUGUGCAAGACAUUUAUAAUUUUUUUAGCUCGAGUUCACCAAGAUGGGCUCAGCUAGCCUUUGGUGAAGAGUACGGGAUGAAAAUAAAUAAAAUAACUUUAAAAAAAGUGUGUCCUACUCGGUGGGAAGCAAGACAUAAUGCUUUAUUUUCAUUAAAACAUAGGUUUGUUGAUGUUUUAAAAGCUCUUUCUAAUAUCCAGCUUUCAAGUUCCAAAAAAGAUGAAAUAAAUAUGGCUACAACUUAA